AUGCAAGCCGUUCGACAGUGUUCAGUGUGCGCCAGCCGUACCGCUGGAGGACUUCUGCGAAAUCAGGCAGACAUUUCACUGCUGAGGACCAACAAGAGUGUGCUCAGAAGAGGAGCUGCCUGCACUCGUCUCCUAAGCAAUUCUGAGAAUGUCCUCUUCAGCAGCAGGAAUCUUGGAGUCCAGAAGUUGGGGGAAUGGAAAGAUACUGCACAGACAAGCACAGCGUCUUUAAGUGUUGGCCGCAGGCUUUGUGCUGUUCCCUUUACACAGCAAGUGGAAAACCUCUCUCAUGACUCCCUGAUCAAAAGAGCAGCCUCAGUGGUCACAGACAGUUCAAGUACUUUCCUCUCCCAGACCACCUUGGCUCUCAUAGAUGCCCUCACAGACUAUUCAAAGGCUGUGCACACACGUGUUGCUCUCCAAAGACGCUAUUUGGCCUCAGUGGGAAAACUGACCCCAGCGGAGGAGGACUCCCUCCGGCAGGUGAUCAAUGGCCAGCGAGCUGAGGCUAGUGACAGACUGGAUGAAUGCAAACGUUUUGAGUCGACCUGGAUCAAUGCUGUCAACUUGUGUAAAAUGGCGGCUGAGGCAGCGUACAUUUCAGGAGCUGAGCAGGCGUCCAUCACAGUGAGGACAAACAUUCAGUUGGCCCAGUCCCAGGUGGAGGAGGCACGGAAAAUGUCGGCAGAUGCAGAUAAGAAGUUGGCCGAGACUAAAGUAGAAGAGAUCCAAAGAAUGGCAGAAUAUAAUGCCUCCCUAGAAGAUAGUGAGGAGCUUGAGGUUCACGAGGCCUAUCUACGGGAGGACUAAGACAAAUAGUCAGAGAUAUUAGAUAGCCGGAAAAAAAUAAGUGCAUGUUAAAGUGCUGUUAAUUUCAU